AUGAGGAUGGUGAAGAAGCUUGGAGGAUGGAAGCAGAAACUGUGGAAGGGAGACAAGUUGGAGCUGCUGCUGUUUGGGAUUCCAAGGGACAUGACGAGGAUAGAGUUCAAGAACUGUUGUGACAGGGAGGGACUGCACUGCCUAGCAAGGGGACAAGUAGGCAGAGAACAUGAACACUUCCGGGUGAAAUUGACCAAGGGAGACAGCCAAGAGUGCUUGGGGGUUGAUAUCGAGAAGCUGUCGAACUACGUAAGGAAGUUUGGAUGGAGGGUUUGCAUCGCGAACAUGAUAGAAACAGAGAAGGUAAGGAGACAAGAGGCGAGGGCGACGGAGGCGAAGAAAGGACCGAGCAGGGCAGUCGAACAAGCAAGUCAGAAGAAGUCCGAGAAGAAGCGGAAGGCGAACGAUGGUGUGCGCAAAAUCUCCAAUAGGGAAAAGCGCAAGCUGAGAGUCGGGUCGUGGAACGUGUGCGGGUUCGCAAGGAGUGAGCGCAAGCGGUUGGAAAUAGUGGACCAAGUAGAACAAAGCGAUCUAGAUGUAGUGGGGAUCCAAGAGACGUGGGAAUUGAAGGAUGGGGACGUGGUAAGCAAACUAGGGAAAUACCGGUGGGUAGGGAAGGCAAGAAAGGGCUUAGACCCGAAGAAAAGGGGGGAGGGGGGAGUCGGAUUCCUGGUCAAGGAACACUUGUUUGACGUGGUGGAAGUAGUGGUGAAAACGGAAUUCGAGGAAAGCCUAUGGCUAAAGAUACCUGGGGAGCGGGGUGAGAAAGACUUGUUUCUAGGGAACGUAUACGUCCCACCGUCGUCGAAGAAAGUCGCAAGCAAGGCGCAGGAGAACUUUGGACAAAUUGGGGAAGAUGUCCAGAGGUUCAGUAGGAAGGGAGAAGUUGUCAUGGUGGGCGAUUUCAACUCCAGAGUAGGGAAAGCUUCCAGUAGAGGACAGGCGAUCGGGCAGCACGGAGAAGACAAAGUGAAUGACAACGGAGUGAGGAUGCUUGAAUUCUUGGGAAGCAACGAACUGAUGGUGUUGAACGGUAGGAGGGAAUGCGAUAAGCCGGAGUUCACAAGGCAACGGGCAGUUUGCAAUGAAUACUCAAUCCUCGACUACAUCCUGGUAGACAGGGGGAGCACGCAGAUCCCAGAGCUGCACAUAAGUGCGAUAGAUAUAGGUUCGACCGACCACUUCCUCAUAUGGGCAAACAUCGACCGAUCCAGAAAGAUCAAGAGUAAGAAACAGAGGAAAGUGUUCCGAUGGAAGGUAGAGCGUUUGGGAGACGAUGGGACACGGGAUGAAUUCCAGAAGGGGCUGGCUGGUAGUGUAGAAUCCUUCAGGAAACUGCUGAGAAGCGUCGAAGACGGACAGGUAGACGUACAGACAGCAGGGGACAGGGUGAUUGAAGGGUGGGAGUCCAUCGUGAACGCAACGGCAGAGAGAGUAGUGGGAAGGAAGGUGGUACGAUGUGGGGUAUCGGUUAAGUGGUGGGAUGACGAGCUGAAAGAAGAAAUAGGGGAACGUAGAGAAGUGUUCAAGCAGUACCUGCGUAAGGCGUCUGAGGAGAGUUGGGAAACGUACAGGGCCAAGAGAAAACAGGUGAAGGGACUAGUGAAAAAGAAGAAAAAGUGUAUUUGGGACGAAGUAGUGCAGAAGGCCAACGGAGGCCUGGAGGGGAACAUCAAGCAGAUGUGGGAAGGGACUAGUGGCAUGGUAACAAGGACCGCUCAAGGGGUGAUACAGGGGUCGCAACUUUGCGAGGUGUGGACGGUGGAUCAGUCAGCAGUGGGAAGGGAAAAGGGGAAGUUUCCGCAAGAAGAGGGGGGUCGUAGACCACACGUGUUCACGGUAGGGAGAAUCAUCCAAGGUAGAAAGAGGGCGGGAAAGCCGACGUACUGCUUCUUCCUGGACGUGAAAAAGGCAUACGACACCGUAUGGAGAAAUGGGUUGUGGAAACAACUGUCCAAAUACGGGAUCAAGGGGAAAAUGUGGAGAGUGCUGAAGAAGAUGACAGAGUGCACGAAAAGCGCGGUCAUGCUAGACGGAGAACUGUCAAAAUUCUUCGACAUUGAGCAGGGGGUCCCACAAGGUUGCACGCUGUCCCCAACAUUGUUCCAGCUGGCGGCGGAGGACAAGGAGCGCGUGAAGAACGAGCUCGCGGCGGCGGGACUGCCAAAGCUGCCGACCAAGAACAGGCUCGACCCCUCCGUGGGGAACAUCUCGAAAGAGGGUUUGUUGCUCGUCACCAAGGCCACGGAGGUCUUCAUGGCUGUAAUGACGGACCACGCGUGGAAGAUCGGGCGACAGUGA